AUGUAUAUGGUGUCCGGAAAUUUCUGCACGAUUCUUGCUAAAGUUGGUCAAGUAAAGGUGUAUGUAACUAAUACCCUCUCACUGUUUUGUUUCAACCCUACCACCACCGUCACCGCCACCGUCAUCGCCACCACCGUUCGGGUAGAGGAUGAAAUGAUAAUGAUGGAGCCAGAGCCGGUUCAAGAUGUGGAGUGUGGUGGGGUGACGUUGGACGUGAAUAACGCCAAUUCCGCGCCCCGUAUGAUUUCAAGUUGUACACCAAUACAAAAAACUCUUGAGGCAGGGGCAACAACCACUAAUCCAGCGUCCACUGAGGGUCUCAUGACCUCGCCAGAGUUUGGCCGACACCUAGACGUUGGCCGACUGAUGGAGUUCAACCGAGAGCUGACCACGAGGUAUGCCAAUCUGCAGGCGCAGUUCGCUGAACUUGUGAGUGAACACAAUCGCCUACAAUAUAGGCACAAUAUGAUGGAGCUCGCAACUUUGCAAAACUCGCAAGGCGAUGGACCUCAGCGUGGCAAGUGUGGCGAGGACACGCUAUUGGCGGCGCAGUACCGCGCUGAUCUGCGCAAGAUGACCUCUGAGAAGGAGACGGUGUGCCAUCAAGCGACGCAGCUGCGCGAGGACCUUCGCCAGACGGCCGCCCGCCUCGGUUUCCUGCAGACCUACGUAUCGCAACUGCAACAGCGCUUAGUGCAGCGUGAUCGCGUCAUUCAGAAGUUAAUGCAGGAGCGCGCUCUCAACGUCAUCCGUGAUGUGCAUACACGGAUGCUGCACAACGAGCUGUUGGAGACGAGAGGUGGCAUUCGAGUCGUUGUGCGAUACCUUCCAACAGCAGAGGAGUUCAGCAACAUAGAGAUUGUAAAUUCGAACGUCAUUUUAAUUCGCAAGCCCCUCUUCAACUUUGCCCAUCUAAAGGGCAAAGCACAGGCAGAGCAUCUCAGCGUCUUCAACAUUCACAGCAACGCCACCCGCAACGCUGUCAUCUUUGGCGAUGUUAGAGACUAUAUUGAGGCCUGCGUUGAUGGCAACACCGCCGCAAUAAUCGCGAAUGGACCAAAAGGCACUGGGAAGACACACACGAUGGUGGGACCUGCGGACGACGCUGGGAUUAUUCCGCGUGCUCUCAGUCUCAUUUCCCAACUCUGCACUGAUCGCUCGCCCCUGUGGGAGUUCAAGAUCUCCCUCAGUGCUAUUCAGGCGAUCCAGAAAAUUGUCGACGAGGAAAUCUACGAUCUUCUCACCGAUAUGGACGACAAAUAUGAGCUGAGGAGAGGCUGGUUUGCUGCCGACACCUUGGAGCGUCCAUCGAAGAUUACCCUCCAUGAUAACGGCUCCAGCAUCGUUCUGAAGAAUGUAACUGAAUUGGAGGCCAACACAGAGGACAGGCUGAUCCAGAUCUUUUGCUAUCCUUCUGUAAUUAGUGAUGCCUGGCAGACGCAUUCCAAGUCAAGUCACAUCGACUCAGCGCACUUCAUUGUGCUGGUGCGCAUCAAGGCCUACGGGAAGGUACCGCUGUCCAAGCCGACCAAAAUGGGAACAGUAGCAGGUACACAGGCAUUGGAAACCCGGGUCCGAUGCCAUCAAAUUGUCAGCCAUGGCUUUCUCAUCCUGUGUGAUUUGGUCAGUUUUGAUCGACCGCGAACAAAAAGGAUUACAAAUACCGCCGCCUGGGUAGGUAAAACGGAGCGGCAAAGCAUAAAUGUAAAUGAUAUAGCUGGGACUGUAUUGGGGCGUGUUUUCGAAGCCCUGCGGCACAAUGCGACGCAUCCACAAUCGCCAAUCCCAGUGCCCUAUCGGGACUCCAAACUGACUCACCUGCUCAAACCAGCUUUGCUCUCGGAGGCCAAGUGUGCGGUGAUUUCUACCAUAUCGCUACGUACAAGCAUGUUCAAGUCAACCUACCGUGUCCGUCCCAUGUGGACCAAUAUUCAAUUUAGGAUGGGUGAGACAAGUUCGGUACCUGAGGACCUUUCCAUGGUUUUUCGCAAGUGGGCACGAACGAACUUGACUGGCUCGAUGAGGAAGUCGGGGACUCUGAGAUCCACGGGAAAAGGUGUCGCAGAAGACGUGGAAGAAAUUAUUAAAUGCAUUAGACAAAGCAAGUUGACCGAUCCCUCUUCGACAUGGAGUGAACGGAAUAAAGAAUGGUGGGAUGCAGCUACUGCAGGGAAUCUGCACAAUAUGAAACGUCUUCUGAACGACGACCCAAACAUUUUGCAUUGGAAAAACCCUCUGGAUGGUGUAAGCUGUGAAACGUUUAAGUAUUUUACUCAACGCUUUUACUCUGAUUUCACCUUAUUCGGAUCUUGGCAAAAACUAAUAAAUCCCGUUUCUUUUCCACGGUCAUCUACAAUGGAAUCGCACUCGCGUCUACUAACUGCACUGCAUUACGUCGCAAAAAGUGGUAAUCUCCGAUGUCUUGACCUUUUGGCAAAGCAAUAUGGGGCUAGUGUGGACACCCAGUGCAAGGGCUCUACACCUCUCCAUAUCGCUGUGAUGUACUCACAACGUCUCCUUGCUCGGUCUCUGGUCCAAAUUUAUCACGCGCGCACCGACAUCAUGGACUACACGGGUCGCUUUCCACGUGAUCUCAUCUCGACCCCGGAGAUAAAGGAGGAUUUGGAGGAAUUGUUGACGUCCGGUAGAUUGGCGAUCAUUAGAAAACAGCUUGAGAUCCUCAAAAAGCCCCAAAAGACCUCCUUCACUUCGCGCAAGUCCCACCUUCAUGUAGGGAGUGGUGAGGAGACCCUCAACAAGGUCUCCAAGUCUAGGCCUAUCAAAAUGGACUUCUAUACACGCCUUCUCCUCUCCGCCCUCUCUCGCGACCGGGGGUAUGUCAACACCCUUGUCCGCCGUCUGCGUCAUGCCAUCUUCAUCUCGCCUUCUGACCUCUUUGACGAUAUAGCCGACAACGAACUUUCACGCCACCGUGGGCGUGACAACUCACAGAAGAGGGGCUCUGUCUUCGCUGGUGGAAUUGGUGAGGGUGAACGAAGAUUCACCGUCUUCAAGGUGCCACACUUGCCGCACCCCCCACGAAACUUAAGCGCGGGUACUUUGAUGACGGGAGGGUUAUGGAAACGCAACACCCUGGAGGCGGGGGAGAAGGGAAGACGGUGGUGGAGGGAGCAGAAGACGGCCCAGAAGGUAAUAAGGAAGACUUCCACUUCAACGUUGUCCAUGCUUCGUGGAGGGGUAAAGAGGGGUGGUGCGAGCGCAUUUGAAAGACACUCGUUUGUGGGUAUUGAACACUUGACGGCAAGAUUGGACGCGGUGACGGUAGCGAAAGAUGGCGGUGCAGUGGAGGAGGAUGGACGCUUCUCGAGGCAUCCGUCCGAUGUCUCCGACUGUAUCACGAAGUCCUCUUCGGACGAUGACGAUGUGGUAUUCGACUCGGUCUCGUCGUCUCCCAGCCCUGAUGGUGCCGGUAGUGGAGGCGUGCGUCGAACUUCCAAUCUCUCCUCCCUGGUGGCGUGUACCGAGGACCUGUUUACUACCGUAGACAUGUCCGUGAGGUCACGACCGCAUUCACCGGUGUCGCUACCCUCUCCUCAUGAGGCGGAGUUUGAACCAUUGCAGGCCUUCCUCCUCAAGAACACCACUGUCUACGCCUAUCCACGUCAGAGAAGAUGUCCACGCAAUCGGACGGAGGACGUUGACUCUGUGAAAGCCAUUUGUCAGCGCCUCCUUUACUUUCUGACCUUCUACACGGUCCUUGCCUUGUUCUUUGUGGGGUACCUCAACUGGUAUAUGUACUUUCAGGUGCCCCGUGACCAUCCAGCCCUCACCGGAAUGCAGUCCGCCUUGCAAAUGAAUCCCGGCCUCAGCUACAUUCCCAACCCCGACCUCUUCUCAACCCUCCUCUACUUCCGCACUCGUGAACCCCUGCCUUACUACAAGAAGUCGGAUGAGAUGGCGGCCUUUCUACACGCUUAUCAAGACAACACUGGUUCCACGGAGUACGAAGACUGCGUUCAAGAGGGCGGCUACAAACAGAACCCCGAACGCCCCUGUACCUACGAUAUCAACGCUGGUGGGCCUUGUAACAUCAUGAAUGGCUACGGUUUCGACACAGCCCAGGCCUGUUUCGUCCUCAAAAUGGGUCGUAUCUACGGCUGGCUGCCCGAUCCCAUCGACGAGUUUGCCACGGGGGUGUUAGUCAAGUGCUCCGGCGUAACCGAGGACGACACUUUCAAUUUGGGCAUCAUUCGGUACUACGAUAUGGACUACAAGUUCUCAGCCAUCGCACCAGGCAAAAACCCGGGGAAAUUGGACAAUGGAAGUUUUCACUCCAUGUACUUCCCCUAUACAGGACAACUGGCCUACCUGCAACCGCUGGUGUUUGUGCUGUUUGAUGGCGUGAAGCGCAACACCUUCAUUCGCGUGCGCUGCUGGCUCAUUGCAAAAAACAUUAAAGUGGAUUUUGAAAAACGUGAAGGUAGUACAGAGUUUGAAAUCAUCUAUGACUAG